CAGGAAGAAGUGCAAGAUGGCGGCAGGGAUGCGGCCGCCUUCUGGCCACUCGCAUGGCCACCCUCACAACCACGCCAUGCCGAGGAGAAAAGUCACAAUUUCGUUUGUGAUACGAGACGAAGAAGAACCUCUGCAUCGGUCGGGUGUAAAUGCGCUUCAGUUUGAUAAACAUACUGGUCGGCUGUAUUCUGCAGGACGAGAUUCUAUCAUUCGAUGUUGGAACACAACUGUAGACAAGGUGUGCAGUUUUAUUUGUGUAAUAUUAACAUUUGCGCAGAAUGACUUGCUUUUUCUUAUAAACUGGAGCUGGAAGAAGGACUUAGAGUUUUUCGCUCUGGUUCUUGUUCGUGGAAAAUAAUAGUUCGUAAAUGUGAAAUAAAGAAGACUUGUUUAUAAACGUAAACAAGCUCAACUGAGUUAAAACCAAAUGAAAGCAGGAGGAUGAAGAUUCAACAUGUCUUUUUUCCAGCCCAGCAGUAUCUUCACUCGAUGGGUAUCUAGGGCUGUUUUUAUUAAAAAAUAUUUCAGUAUCUUCAAAAUGAACCUUGUUCAAUUUAGGAAGUGUGAUUUGUAUGGGGAUGUGUGAGGCAUCUCAGGUCACCUGUUGGUAUGAACCCCAGGGGUGGAGGGGCAAGUGGAGCAAGGCAAGAGUUUAGUUCCAUUCAAAGGGUACAAAGUCAAAAUGAAUUAUUGAAUUUUAGCUAGAGAUCCAUAUACAACAAAAAUGUUUUACUGUUCAAUUGUAUUUAGUAAAACAUAUGCUAGGGGUUUGUGAUUGGUUACAUGGUGACUUGCACUUCAUGUAAAGUUUGUAUCAAUUUGAAGAACAGUUAUUAUUUGUCUGGUUCUAGAACUAUUACAUAGCAUCACUUGAACACCACACAGACUGGGUGAAUGAUAUAGUCCUUUGCUGCAAUGGUAGAACAAGUAAGAGAGUCACUUUCUUGUAUAUACCAUGAUAAGAUGGCUUUUUUUUUAUAAAUAAUAGGAAAAAAUGAUUGAUUUCUUGCUGGAGAGCCAUGAUUUGUUUUCCCUUCUCUGUCCUAAGCAAAUAACUUUUUUAGGCAAUUGGCUAUGCAAUGAGAAUUUAUUCACAUUCACUUUUGAGGUGCCAAAAUAUUAUAAUUAUCAUUAGAUUAUUGUUGUGAUUUUUAGCUGAUUCUCAUGCUUAACACAAUGUGAGAAAAGGUCACAUAGUAGGCCAAAACUCAGUUGAACAUAUUGUUCAAGGUCAAGUUUUGUUUUUAGAGUCGAAAUCUUGAUCAUCCGGACUCCAGAUUGGGCUGAAUAGUCCAGAUAAUCCAGAGUCCAGAACCAAAAAUUAAAAUUGAGUACCUUGAAAAAAAAAAAAAAAAAAGCAAAACAAACAAAAGCAGGUAUGAAAUUUUAGGCAAGAAUUGAAACAAAUUCUCAAAUCAUUGUGCACAACUUGAUGACAUUUUCCAAAAGUAUUUACAAAAGAUUGUUAAAGCUAACCAACAACCUCUUACAUCAACAUAACGUGCUGGCAAAAAUCAUAUUUUCAGACUGCCAAGCUGAGUGCGUGUUGUGAAUGCCCAAAAAGUAGUAUUUGACUGAGGCUUGACUGUAUUUCCUACAGAUGGCUUAGCUUUCAACUAUUUGAAAAAACUAAAUUUGGCCUAGUUUGGAACUGAUUUUGUCCUUAAGAGUUGAAGUUUUUAACUUUUCAUCACAAGUUUUCUGAGUUCUUAACUCUGUAAACCUCCAAUACAAGUUGCUAGUGCCAACCACUAGCCAUGGUCUCCAAAAAUGGUUGCAGCUUAGAGGGUUGCAGUAAAUAGCUCUAAUGCAAAUGAAGCUAAACUUAAAUGGCAGAUAUGAUUACAUGGCUUGCAGUUACAUGCAUGUUAACCUUUUUCUAAUUUAUUCUCCAGUAUUAUCAGCAUCAUCUGAUACAACUGUUAAAGUGUGGGAUUCUGGACGGAGUUUCUGUAUGUCUACCCUGCGCACUCACAAAGACUAUGUCAAGGCACUUGCUUAUGCCAGUCAGAAAGAAUUGGUGGCCUCUGGAGGACUUGAUAGGCAGAUUUUUCUGUGGGAUGUCAACACUUUAACAGCUCUUACAGCUACAAAUAAUACAGUCACAAGUGAGUCAAACCAUAAAAUUAUACAUGAACUAUUGAUUUAUACCUCAAAGCUUGCACAUAGUUUAAUAAUGAUGAAAGGAAGAAGAGAAUACCAUACACUGUACUUUAAGAAGAUAGAAAGGGUUUGAAUUUGCUUCCUAAGAUAAAAUAUGAAGAUAGGGCUAGAAAUUGUGUUAUUUUUUAACAAAAGUUGUCAUAUUGCUUCUUGUGUAGUGUGAAGCCUAAAAAUAAGAAAAUACAAACUAAGCAAAUUGUUUGGUUGUGCGGUGUUUAACUGUUUUAGAUCUGCUUUGCACAUCACUUUUUUGGUCUCGUAGUAAGAUAGACUUCUAUUCCAUUCUGUUUGGAGAUAGAGAAAGAUGUGAUUGGAUAAUUUUUACAGACAGUAGAAGAGUGAGAGUUUUUGGUACAGAGUGUUCUUGUUUUUUUUUUUGUAAUUUCUUUAUUUUUGGCAUUUUACAAAACAUUACUCUACUUACAAUACACUACAGGACUCAGUUACAACACAUCACUUACAAUAAUUUACUGAGAACACACUACUAACAAAGUAUAGUGUAUAAUAAACUUGAUUACAGAAGAUGACUUACUCUCUAUUACUUACACUACCUACACAAUACUCUACAUUUACAUUAUUUUAUGACAUAUUACACUACUUUCAAUAUGUUACGGUAAAUUACUUACAGUAUCUUACUAAUAGUAUAUAGCGAAAUCGUAUGCUUUACAAUAAAAUUUGACUUCUUAUGCUACUCUGCAUUGUUUGGAUGACACCCAUCCCACAAACCAAUAUGUGGCAAAAGCUUAUCCCUUUUCUGAAAAUGUUUGGCUAAUUUAUUCCACUUUGCUGCUAUCUUCAUUUCCACCUGACAUAUCUCCCCGAUCUUGGCCUUAUAAACUCGUAUGGAGGGAUUCUUAGAAUUCAAUUUACACUUGUACAUAUAAAAUUUAGCAGAGUGUUCUUGUAGUUGAACUGAGGUUUUAGAUUUCCUUAACCCAUCUAUUUGUAAAUUACGCCUAUUAAAGAGGCUCCAAGCACUUGCCUAUCAAACUUGAAAUAUUCUGUGCAGAAGUGUGUUUGUGGUUAAUUCUUUUUUGUGGCUGUAACCUUCUGUUUGCUGAUAAUACAAUUAAAAAUAAACUAACUCCACGAAUAGCUGUACUUCUAACCUCCCAGCUUGGCUAAUACAUGUAAACUUGAAAAUGAAUAGAUGUAAUAACUUUUGAAACCAACCUUAAAAGCUACUUAAGUAUACUUGACAGGUAUACAAUGUCCAAGUUUUGAUUAAAUGACUGUUGUAAGUUAUAAUAAGAUAAUAAGUUAAGUUAUAGACUAAGCCAGAAUUCUGGAUAAAGUAAUAUAAUGAUAACUGAAUUAUCACCUCAUAGAUUAAUCAAUAAGAUAAACCCAUGGUGGUUAUGGUUUAUUGCCAAGAACUCAAUUUGGAAGAGAAAUGCUGAAUUUUUUUUGCAGCUACUCUUGAACCUGACUGAGUGUUAAUAUCAUUUGAAAAACUAAUGAUAUAAUGGAUCUUUUUCUUAGUGGACCUUUCCACCAUUUUGGUAUGGGCUAAACAAGAAAUUAAAAGUUUGACUUCAGAGUUUUCAACAGAGAAAAUCCUGUCUCUAUACCCAUAGCUUUGAAUUCUGUUUAAUUUAUAUUCAGUGGGUUGAGUUAAAUCACUUUGAAGGUUGUUAUAUGCAAAGGAAACAGCACAUGAUUUCCUUGCGAAUCACUCUUUUCUUUGUCUGUUAAGUUUAUUGAAAUGCAUUUCUUAUGAAUCUUUUUUUUAUAAUUUAUUAGCACUUACUCAAACCUCUUCAUGCCAUUGCAUGCAUAGAGCUAAUAUUAGUGAUUUUACUCCCCAUAUAGAACACAGUAGCAUGUAAGUACUUCUUUGUGAUGGAUUUUUAACACUUGACCUGUUCAUUUUUUUUUUACUAUUCCUACUGCUUGGCUAUUAAAAUAUCAGGUAGCCAGGGAGGUGAAGGUAACCACUUGAGAGAAGGAUGUAUCAGUAAUCUGCACUAUGAUGUUCAUGCACCCUGUAGGUAGUCAACCAACAUGAUUUUAAGUUGCAUUGUAUAUUUUGUUAAAUUUCAUUUUAUCUUUUGAAGUAAAUGAGAGAAUUGCUUCAACACAGUUUUGCUCUUUUUGCUCACUUUAUUUAGGAUAGAAUCGUUCAACUACAGCAAAUACUGAUUAAAUAUACUCAUUAAGUAUUCAUAAUAACAAUUAAAAACAAUUGUUAUAAAAAAAGAAACCUGAAAAAGAAGAAAAAGGUUGUGAGUUAAGCUUUAUAGGCCCACACAUAAAAUUCCCUUGAUAUUUAUACUCAUGAAAAAGAAAAAAGGUUAAUUCUAGAGUGUAACUCUGCAAGAUUUAAAAAAUGAAAGCCACAUAAAACUUAUAGCUAAGUGUCAAAUGGUAAUAGAAAAAAAAUUUUCCAAGGGAUAAGUAUUUUAUAAAAGUUGUAUGUUUUUUUAUUAAAACAAAUUAUUUGAAAACACGAUUGACUACAAAAUUGAUUUGAGAGUUGCUAACUAUACAUGAAGCUACUGCACUGUCUCAAUUUUCUUUCUCUUCUUUGUUUUCUCACAUCAAAACUCCUCUUUGGUCCCUGUUUCUCUAAAUAGGUCCUCCUUAAAUUGAAAAAGGGCCACUGGGUCCUCUUUGGAAAAUUUCUAGCAUAGAAAUUCUUAAAUUAUUGGCUAGUUUUUUCCUGAUAACUCAUGUAUGGGUUAUUGUAUGCUGCAGAAUGUUGAUUUUACCAGGGAGAGUAUACUGAGGAAAGAUUGCAUUGACAAAGGCAUACACACCAGGCAUUUUUGUGUCACAACAAUGUAUGAAAAUGUUAGCUAAGGGCACUAUGCACAAGGUCAAUUUUAGCUAAAUUUUGAACUGCAGUGAUGUCAGAAACACUGCAAAGUUUCUGUGAUAUCCAUCUUAUUUGACAAAUAAAGAAAUAUUAUUUAUUUCCUUGAUGAGAUGAUUCAAAUCCUCGGACUAAGAACUUCACGACCCCGCUACAAAAUGUAUAUGUAGUACAAAGGCCAGUCAUUUUAGUGUGGUAGGGAAUGUUGUUGUUUUUUUUUAAAUUCUAUUUUCACCUGCAUCAUUAUCCCAGAGACUGAUAUAUAGUUUGUUCAAGUGUCAGUAAGAUCUAAGAGGUUUCCAUGAAGUUUAUUUUUGGAUAGGUACAGGGAGGGGGGAAUCAGAGUGUUAAAAUCUGAUUUUUUUUCUGUUCACUCCUGGUUUUGUGUGAGUUGCAUUUCUUUCAAAAUUUUCUCUUUUUUACUGAUUGGUUUUUUUGUUUUUUUUUUCAUGUCAGCCUCAUCGCUGAAUGGUCAAAAAGAUUCAAUAUACAGCUUGGCAUUAAACACCAUGGGCACUGUACUCAUCUCUGGCUCUACUGAGAAGGUAAAGUUAAUUGACUUGGUCAACUCUUCAUGGUUUCUAACAGUGUUAAGUGUUAGGAGAUUAAUAAUGUAAUAUAUGAAAGAAUUCUGCUCUUCUGAUGGGGUGAAAAUGAGAGCAUUUUUCAUGUAAUACAAGGGCAAAGUUGUAACAUGAGUAAUUUUUGUCACUGAGAGUGAUUUUGAUAGUUAGAGGUAAUAAUUUAUUCUUUUUAUUAUUCAAGCCCUUGAUAGAGUGCAGGGCAUGGUUGUUCAAAGCUUGGUUAAGAUAACCUAGGGUUAUUGUGAAGUCUGAUUUUGCAUCUGAAACCUUUAAAAGAAAAUUCAGUAUAAUUAUUUUUGUCUGGAAUUUGAUUACUAUAUGCUCAGAAAGUAAUAGAGAAAAUCAUCUCAAAAAGGCUUUUGAACAAAGGUAAUAAAAAAACCCAGGUUAAAAUUUAACUUUGAAUGAGUGUUAAUCUGCUUUGGAACAACUGGCCCCAGGUGUUUUAAAUUCAGGGUAAUACUUGUGAAAAGUUAGGUUGAUAAUGAUACAAAUUAAUAAAUAUUUUUGCCAUUGUUCCUUCAUUCAGUGGAAGUACUAAAUACUUUGAAUGGAUCUUUUUUUCAAGCUAUAUUUGUAGGAAGGCUUAGCAUGUCUUUUUUGUUGCUAGAUUUUGAGAGUAUGGGAUCCUCGAACAUGUUCAAAAGUCAUGAAACUAAAAGGUCAUACAGAUAAUGUGAAGGCUAUCAUCAUCAAUCCUGAAGGAACACAGGUAACCAUGUUGUUGAGUUUAAUAAUACUAAAUUGAAAGAGAAUGGGUUUUAAACUAGUUGAACCAACUCUUUGGCUUGUGUGACAAAGAUCUGAAAUGAGUGGGUAUUGAUAGGAAAGGGAAUGAUAAUCCUAUUGGAAAUUGAACGAGAGAUUGCAGAAACUGGCUAGUGAUAUGCGCUGUAUGAUAUGUUCCAUUAGAAAAGAGCCUGAAGAUGAAUAACAAAAGGUUAGAAGUAGAAAGUUGCCUUAAUGUGCCUAUUUUGAAAGAUCCAAGAUUAAUUUUGGUCAUGACUAUUUUUUCCCCUACUUUUCUCAUGUUUUGUGGAGGCACAGUGGCCUCAUGGUUAGUACACUUGACUCUGGAUUGAGUGGUCUGGGUUUGAGCCCUGGCUGGGGUCAUUGUGUUGUGUUCUUAGGCAAGACACUUUACUCUCACAGUGCUUCUCUUCACCCAGGUGUACAAAUGGGUACCAGCAAAUAUGCUGGGGGUAACCCUGCGAUGGACUAGCAUCCCAUCCAGGGGGGAGUAGCAAUACUCCUAACCACUUCAUGCUUAUGAAACUGGAGUUAAGCGCCGGCCCCAUGGGCCACUUGGACCUGUAUAAAGCCUUUACUUUACUUUCUCAUGUUGGGGAGAUUAAAUGGGUUUUUUUAUGUCUGUGAAGCAGAUAGCGAUAAUGCCUCUGGACUGUUAUUUCUUUUCUGGUAUUUGUUUGGGUACAUAAGUCAUUGGUUUUCAAACUUUUCAUUGAGCUCAUUCAGUCUGCAUGUAUUUGUUUUGUUUAACUAGCCAUGAUAGAUUACAUGUGUUUAGUUCUCUUGGACAUUACUGUUUUGUUGUUUGUUAGUGUCUGUCGGGAAGCUCAGAUGGAACUAUACGCCUUUGGUCAUUAGGACAACAGAGAUGUAUCACUACAUACAGAAUUCAUGGGGAAGGUGUAUGGGCAUUGUGUGCUAAUGACAACUUUACUGGGUUCUACUCAAGUGGUCGAGACAAACAUGUCAUGUGGACUGAUCUGAACAUGGAGAAUUCUUCAACUCUUUUAUUUGUGGAGGAUGCUCCAGUUUUAAAAGUAAGUGCCUUCUAUGUUUGAAUGAAUUAAACAAUUGACUUGACGGCAAUGAUUAUGCAUUUUAGUCACUAAAAUGUUGAUAAAAUUUAGCAGUUGCACACUGCUAAUCUGAAGGGUGCCAACGUAAGGGUGACUUUAUCCUUCUGAAGUAAAUAAACUGCAGCUCUGAUUGGUUGGUUUUUUCUUAGCUGUGAUUGGUGCAUUUCAUGGUAAACCCAACCUAAGCAAUGAUAUUUAAUGUUAUCACCACAUUUUGUAAUCACAGAAAUGAUACUGCACAGCUAAUUUUCCAUUGCCCAUUCAGACAGAGAGUUUUCUUUUAGGUAAAAUUCUUCCAUACCCUGAGAAUUACCUUCCUAUAUGACCACUUUUUCAAAGGUACUUCAAAGGGAAUAAAACUAGGAGGAAAGUUACAUUGAAUUGGAUGUCAGGAAAGAACAUUGAUAUUGAUCAAUGUAGUGUCAAGGAUUUUUCUUUAUUAUUUAAAUAGUGUUAUUUUUAAGUCUUGCAGGAAUGUAGGUAGGUUUAUAAGUCUGUAAGAGUGAAGGCCAUUUUCACAUAUUUAAAUUAUGUGGUUUGGCCCAGAGAUGAUAGUUUGCUGUUCUGAAUGUUGUUUUAUUUAUGAUGAACAAAUUAGGUGACCUUUCAUACUUAUAUUUUUUUUCCUAUAGUUGGAGCUUUGUGAUGAAGCCCAUUCUUUGUGGGUUGCCACAACAAAUUCUACAAUAAAUAACUGGGUAAGUAUGCUAAACUAAAAAAUGAUUUUAAAUCAGCAGGUGAUCUUAGAGGAUACUAUCAAUCAUUUUCUGUUCUUACAUUUAGCACUGGUAAAGAAUUGGAAACAAAUUAUUUUUUUCUACUGAGAAGAAAUGAAGAGUAAAACCAUUCUGUGGUUGUUGUUAUGGGGGCAAUAGGAGGUCUAUGGAAAUAGCAAAGUCUACCAACACCAGUCACCAACCUUAAUUUACAGCAUUAUGUAAAACAGUAUUGGUACAUUUAAAGUUUGCCAUUAAAGUGAUCCACAGCUUUUGAUAAUUGCAACAAUCCUAAUGUCUGAGUUAAAGUUUGGAAUAUCUCCUUACAGCCAGGUAAGAUUCCAUAUCUAAAUGAGCAGGACAGUAUGGAUGUUGGAGAUACAGAUCCUCAGCCCAUUUGUUCAUCACCAAAGAAGACAAUACCAGGUACAUAAAAUCUACUUUGUUACUUUGUUAUAGAAGACGUUUCAUAGAAUUUUUUUUUAUCACAAUGUUCUUUACAUUUACCACUAUAUGUGAACUCUGGAAGGUUUCUGUAAUAAUUGUAGUGCUUCAAGUCUUGAUUAAAUCUAAUUUUCCAUGACGCUAGACUUAAAAAUUCAGUGGCUAUGAGUUGCUACAUCUCAUUUGUUUAGAAAGCUAAUAAAGGCAAAAACAAGUUGACUAUUCUUCUCCCUGCAUCUGUGGGGAUUGCUUUACCCCAUCUGUGUUUUUUUAAAACUAUCUUUUCAUUUUACUUUUCUUGUGGAAAAUGUUCCCAAUUUGUUUUGUGACAGGGGCACCUAGCAUACGGAAUUUUCAUGUGUUAAGAGACAGACGACAUGUCAUAACAAAGGACACUGAGGGAAGAGUCUCAGUUUGGGAUGUGCUAAAAGUAGGUGUUAACCCUUUAACCCUUAGGGGUGACUAGCAUCUAAUUUCUCCUUACAAUAUCACCACUGAAUUACACAUUAAUGUCAUGAGAAUAAAGGAAAUGAUCACCAACUAAAGAAACUCUUGAUUGCCAGACAAAUUCUCUCCAUCAGCACCUUAGUAAAUGUACAGAGAACAGUAUGGAGAAUAUAAAUACUGAUGUUAGGGUGUAAAGGGUUAAGGGACAUUUAAUAACAUUGAGAUUGACUGUGGUACAUCUUCCCUAUUUAGCCCACACAGAGUCACAACACAAAAAAACUUAGCAUUCUUUGUUUUGUCUCAUUUGCCACUUUUAUUAACAUGGACAAUUUCUUUGAAGAAAUGGUCACUUGAUUUCGUAGCAAGGACUGAGUUGGUUGCUCUUGCUUAAAAAGGUUCUCUGAAAGAAAAAACCAAGCACCUGUCCAAAUAAAUGACCUUUUUCUGAUGAUCUCCUUCUAGUGAGCUUUCAAAAAUAGUUACCCAUGGGCAUUCGAUUGAGUGACCAUUGUUUUUAAUUAAGAUAUCAUGAAAAUAAAAUUCUCUAUGACGAAUUUCCAAAGAAAUCCAUAUGGGGAUAUACAAUUAAUUGUAAAACUUAUUGAAUAGUGGUUUUAAAUACAAUGUAACGUUUGUGAUAUGUAACGAAUAAAGCCUGAUAAUGUUGAAAUAUUAGGGCUGUAGCUUGCUAUUUGUUUCGUAUCCAAGGCAUGUAAGGUCGAGGGUCUUGGUCUGGUGGAUUAUGAAGAAGAAAUCAAGAAAAGAACUCAGAUGGUUUAUGUACCAAAUUGGUUUUCAGUUGACAUCAAAACUGGGGUAAGUGAUAAAAUUUUCUAAAAUCGGGUCUAGUCAAGUCCAAUACCUUACUAAAUCAAUAUCGUUUGAGUUCUUGGUCGUUCCUGUUUUUUAAUCGAUGUUUGCUGACCUGUACAUAUUGAGUCACGAUUUGAUGAACGAUUGACCUGUUACAACGAAAAGAUGUGCACUUCAUAAAAAUUAACAUUUAGGCGAAAGAAAGCUGCUUUUUGAAAUUUCAUCCGUGCUUAGAUAAGUGAAAAUGGUUUUGUUGUCAAUGAAAUGUAAGAGGAAAGAGGCAAUUUUUGUUCUUGUCAAUGUUAACUUCCCAUGAGUCUACACACUGUUAUAUGGAAAUGACCGCUUUGGUGUAAAUCAAAAGUGCUAUUGUUGUAUUUAUUUCAGAUGCUCACAAUAAAUCUGGAAGAGAGCGACUGUUUUGCAGCUUGGAUCUCAGUAACAGAUGUUACAGGAUUAGAACCAAAAACUGUGGAUGGGAAAGGUGUGUAGUCACUAUAAAUAUAUUUGAUACAAGAUUCUGAGAGUUUCUUUUUCGUUUAUACAUGUAUGCCGGCCUACACCCCACUCGACGGCGCGUAAUUUUCGGAGGUUUUCUCAUUUCCCACUUGUAGCGACUCUACGUUUGUUCGCCCAGCCAUUCGACCAAGAUCUUGCUAACUUUCCCAAACAAUUUGCCAGCAUUGAUUUUUGUUCAUUAUGGUAUAGAGUAUCGUCUCGUACUUGAUCAAGCGUUCAGCGCAGUUGCCAUCAGACACCAUACCUCCUACUCCUUCUAAUUUUGAUCGAGGCAAAUUUAGCCCAGUUAAAUAGACAAUCAAGUACCUCAAAUUACUUAAAAAUUUAGCGAUACUUUUACUUUCAACGCGCAAAUUAAAUAAGAGUUUCUUAUACUCGCAAAAAUAAGGUGGAGUAAACGAGUCGUGUUCUGAAUAACAGUACAUAACCAAGCAAGAAGAGAACUUUUACCACCUGUUAUCCGUAUUAACACAUCCACACAAAUACCCGUACAUAUUUUAUGACCCUUAUGGCCUGCUCGCGUUAAUAUUGUAAAAAAAUAGACAAAAAUCUCCAUAAGAAGACCGUAAGCGAUGAAGUGAGCAGGGCCGGAAAAAGCCGCACGGCCCGUUGACAUGCAAGCUUUUGAAGGAAGACAGAAUAAGAAAGAGGAAGGGUUAAAUGAUAAAAUACUUCUUGAUUUAGAUCCGGGCCGGACGGGAAAAAAUUGGGCUCUCGGUCAUGACCUCAUAGCUAAAUUAAAGAGUUGCAAACUAUGCACCCCUCUAAAUCGGGAAAGUAAUGGGUUAUGAAAAUAUCAUGUGAAAAGAUAUUCUGAAAAUUAAUCCAGGCUUGAACGGAGUGUGAAACUGUGUCCGUCCUGUGAUACCAACAACUCAACUCCAACUCAGUUAUAAGGCUACUUUGGAGCUGGUCAUUGUAUGAGUACAGUUAUGAUUUAAUUUCUACUGGAUCUUAUUUUCACAGUACUUUUGUUUUACGUAUAAAUGCCAUUAUCUCUCUUAUACAAAAUCUUUAUGCCGGGGUUCAAAUGCAUGGUAUACAUACUUUCACUUUAAUCUGACUAUUUGUAUUCAUUUUGUUGUUUUUGUGUAGCGUAUGUUACAGAUGUCAAGCAUGGUGAGUAGACGUCCAUGUGGCUUUGUGCAAAAGUAAAAUUUAUGUCGGAAAAAAUUAACUUUUCUUCAUCAGACAAUGAAAGAAGGUGCAAAAGGUGGUCAGCAUAAAAUGAGUCAUCCAACACCUUUUCACUGACAUUGUGGCAAACGUGCAACGACAUGAUACUGAUGUGACUGGAUUUAAUGUUUCUUCCGAACAUUAAUAAACAAUGACAAGAAGAUAUAUGAUUUUCCAGCUUGAGAAGCUAACCUGUGCCUUAAGAAAAGCUCUCUUUGAACAUUUCUUAACCCAUAUUAAAUCUCUUCUUUUUGUCACUGUCGCUGUCUUACAUUCUUCCUCUUGUGGCCUGCCAGGCACAUUAAAGGAGGCAUUAAAAUGAUCCUCAUACCAAGGUAGCCAUAGUUGCCAAGUGUUCCUCAGGUAGGGUUACCAGUAUUUAUUAGUUGUGAUUUGACUUAGUCUGUUCUGUGUCUCACAGUGAAUUACGGAGUGCUUCUUUUGCAAGCCAUAUUGGAACACUGGAGGGAGACCUACACUGGAACAGCGGAUGAAACUGAUCAAGACCUUCCCAGAGCUGAUUCACCAGGUUAGUACUAAACAAACAAGAUUCGAUCGUCUUGGCUCUUUCCAGCAAGCCAGUGUAAUGACAUGCUGCAGCACAGGUUAUUGUGUCACGUGUCCUCAAACAGUCCCGCUGAUCCAAUUAUGGUUCUCUGUGAGUAUAGUCCAUAACUUUGACAGUUAAGUUUCUAAGUUUCUAGGAUCACAAUUCACCGUCCUAAUCAGAUUUCGAGCACUCUCAAUCUGAAUUCUAAUUUUGCAAACUACGAGGCAAUAAAUGAUAAUGCUGAACUCCGUUGCUAAAAUGCUUACUGAAAAACGUGUGUGAAUGUGACGGUUGUCCUCUGAAAACAACUCUCCAUAUGCUGAACAAGUCUUCUUUAACAAUGCGCAAUGUCCACGUUUAUUUACUUUGACAGAAAGCGGAGAUGCAAGCGCCAGUGAAGUUAACCUGAACCUUGAGUCUGUAAGUAGCUGCUUUAGGUUGACUAUUGAAUGGUGUAGGCAAAAUUAAGUAUCAUCACUACCAAGAUAUUAGUGUUAAAGGAUAAGGUGAUCCUUUUGAAUUCUCAAAUCCCAACGGUUAUUUGUCUGGUUUUGUAACGAUUGGUUUGAAACUUGGUACUAUUUGUGUUAAGAUAUCUGUAUCCCUGGUAAAAUACCAAAUAGACAAGUAGUAUUCGUCUUAACAGUGCGCGACUUUUUGUUUUAUCAGAUACGUGAAAUUUGUAUAGUAGUAGCAUUUUAAAGUAGAGGAAGCAAAUGUUCAGUGAAAUCAUCCUCGAGUUUCGCCUGAUGUAAUGUCGGUAAUUUGGUUUGUGUUCCCAGCGUGUGAUGAUGGGCAAUGGUUUCUUCAGUGUUCCUGAACACACCCCCCUGAUCUUCACAGAGAGUAGUGGCACAGGGAGGACCUUGUUCCGCCUGCUGGUAGCAGAUGCCUCCGGAGAGAAUGAAGCAUAUCUAUUGGCUGAAACUGUCCCUAACUGGGCAGUUGACGUCACAGUUAAGGUAGAUAGUUUUGAAGUUCAAAAUUAACUUACAGGUUAUUUAUUAGCUCCAGAGAUAAAAAAAUUAAUAACGGGAAACAAACGGUCCUAACAAGACUCCUUAUUUUAUUCCUCCCUUUGAAAUUGUUUCCGUGCGCGUCGGUAAAAACUGACAUUCUUUGUUCCAUAAUCAACUGAUAUGAAUAUCAGUUUGUUCACGGAUUCAUUGUAGGGAAUCGGAGCGUUGGCGUCCAGUGGAUGCAAAUAAUGAUUGGAAAACAAUUAUAUUUUCGAGUUUUAAAUGAAGGGCUAUUGACUGUAAAGGAAGCGAGUAACUGGAAACGAAAUUCUAUUGAUCUCCAGCAUCCCUUCCCGUCUCAAAAACGUGUGUGCCUAAAGUCACUGGUAGUAACAAAAUACGUGUUUAGUUUUCAUUUUUGAACGGGCUCCGCCUGACAAGAGUCUUUGCUUGGAUCUAGUGAGCUUGACGUGAGUCAAAUCAGGCUCAGAACAUUCUUCUUUAGCAGUUUCCUUAUGCUGCUCUACCAUACAUUAUUACACGAAACUCAAUUUACUGCAAACUACACCUAACUCCGAAUGCAUGACUACCACAGCAUGUUAUUCCUAGCGACUCAGUUUAGCAUAUCCCACAAUUGGCGGUAAGUUCUUUUAGCGCAUGUUGUAAUCUUUAAAAUGCACCAACUCUUUGCUGUAACAUAGCUCAACAAUUUAGUUAGAAAUGAAUCGGUUCUUUUUGUCAACUAAUUCAUUAUCUCAACUUUUUUAAAUAUACAGAAACUGUCACCGAAAUUCAAUAAGAUAGCGUUCUUCUUGCAACCUCAUUCAUCGAGCUCGUCAAAGGCAUUGAAGAGGUAAAGUAGUUAAGAUGAAAUUGUGAAUGGUUACGGUUCACCUCACUGGGAAGUUGUCUUAUACCUUUUAAAUAGGCUUGAUUUGAUUACCAGCCCUGGGAAGGAAUGUAGACCCCCUCCCUUACCCUAAGGGUAGAAACAAACUAGAAACCAAGGGAAAAGCUGAGGGAAGCGGUGAAAUCGAGCCCAGAUUAACAGUAUGUGCAAACACAUAUAAAAUAUGUCCAAAGUGCUACUGAAACUAAUUCUAAAACUCUAAGAAGGACCCCACGUUAAAAGGUUUACAAUACUUUGCUAACUAACUGUUGUUUUCCAAUGUUUACAGGGAUCGCUUAUCGGCCAGUGAUAUGCUGCACGUGCGCAAAGUCAUUGAGCACGUGUACGAGAAAGUGGUGGGAAAUGAGAACGCCAGCAACUCAGGUAACCACGCAGAUAAAGAGCAUGCCGGACCGCCAACCGAGGAAGAACUCGAGGAACUGUUGGCGCUUGCGGAGGCCCGAGUCGAGCUUCUUUGUCACGAGCAGGUCAGUUUUGUCUUGAUAAACGAAAUGACUCCUUGUUGUCAGUUUGUAUCCAUCAUCUUAUUGGUUUAAAUCAUCAGCCAUGUGUGGAUGUUUGUGAAUGUUAGGUUGUCCCAGUUGUAGCUAGGAAUUUUUGAUAUCCUUUUUUUUCGAUACUUACGAAAUACUUCACGGCGAUUAGUUUAUCUAUGUUAACAAGAAAUAUCUGUAUCUGAUGGUGUGUUUGUCCUUCGCUCUUGUCUAUCGAUCAUUAGUCUUUGUCUUUCUGUCUGUUCGUCUGUCUGUUUUUUUUCAUACAUCGGUUAGCGUCUUCUACUUCCUCCUUCGGACCACGUUGCAGUCAGCACAAAGUCUUAAGUUAAAUCCUGUUCCUCUUGUAGGUACUAGAUCCUAGCAUGGACUUACGGACAGUGCGACAUUUUAUAUGGAAAGGAGGAGGAGACCUGGUACUACAGUACCGAAUCAUGAAGUGA